AUGGUGAAAUCCCUGAAGUUGAUGUUUAAAUUGCAAAGCAGUCUGUCAAUCAAAACUAUGUUAGAAGAUCUAAGCAUUGAUGAUCCUGUGCUCCUUCCAAAUAUGAAUGCAGCUAUACUUAAAAAAGUGAUCCAGAGGAUGAGGAGAACAAAGAAAAUGACAGAUGAUAUCCCUGUAUGGGACCAAGAGUUUCUCAAAGUAGACCAAGGAACACUCUUUGAACUCAUUCUCGCAGCAAACUACCUAGACAUCAAAGGUUUGCUUGAUGUCAUCUGCAAAACUGUUGCAAACAUGAUCAAAGGCAAAACACAAUACAUUUGA